AUGGUGCUGCUGCUGCUGGUGGCCAUCCCGCUGCUGGUGCACAGCUCGCGCGGGCCGGCGCACUACGAGAUGCUGGGGCGCUGCCGCAUGGUGUGCGACCCACACGGCCCCCGUGGCCCCGGCCCCGACGGCGCGCCCGCCUCCGCGCCCCCCUUCCCGCCGGGCGCCAAAGGCGAGGUGGGCCGGCGCGGGAAGGCGGGCCUGCGGGGACCACCGGGGCCGCCGGGUCCCAGGGGGCCUCCAGGAGAACCGGGCAGGCCGGGUCCCCCCGGCCCUCCGGGUCCAGGCCCUGGCGGGGUGGUGGCCCCCGCUGGCUACGUGCCCCGAAUCGCCUUCUACGCGGGCCUGCGGCGGCCACACGAAGGCUACGAGGUGCUGCGCUUUGACGACGUGGUGACCAACGUGGGCAACGCUUACGAGGCGGCCAGCGGCAAGUUCACCUGCCCCAUGCCGGGAGUGUACUUCUUCGCCUACCAUGUGCUCAUGCGAGGCGGUGACGGCACCAGCAUGUGGGCCGACCUCAUGAAGAAUGGACAGGUCCGGGCCAGUGCCAUUGCUCAGGACGCAGACCAGAACUAUGACUACGCCAGCAACAGCGUCAUCCUGCACCUGGACGUGGGCGAUGAAGUCUUCAUCAAGCUGGAUGGAGGGAAGGUGCAUGGCGGCAACACCAACAAGUACAGCACCUUCUCAGGCUUCAUCAUUUACCCAGACUGAGCCAGCCCAGCCCCCUCCGUACCCCCUGCUUGCUCACUUCUGCUCCCCACCCUUUAGCCUGCUGCCCCACCCAAGGCGCCACCCCGUCCUUAGAGAGCUUGGCUGUGGGGCAGAUCUUCCCCAUUCUGGAGGCCUGAAUGGGCUUGCUCUGGGGGUGCUCUCAGGCUUAAUGGCUGGGGAGGGGAGGUUAGGCCACAGGAGUAAAGUGACUUGGGGAAGGACGACUGGUGUGCUGUGCCAGGGAGAACUGGGUCAGGAUCAAGGUCCUCUUUCUGCAGGGAUCUGGGUAGCAGUUCACUAGCUGGAGCUCAGCAGCACCGAAGCAGAGGGGAUGUCCUGGCACCCUGGCAGGGAGAGGACACAGACAGACAGGAGGAGUCCAUUUAGGCAGAGACAUCAGGAGGGGUAGGCGCCCUGGUCCUCUGUCAUGACAACUUUCUCGUCCCAGUCCUUCUUCCCCUCAUCCCCACUUUUAGGCCCCAGGCUCGGGCCUUGGCAGCCUUCCUGUGAACUGGAGGAGCCUGUGAAUUCCUAGCACUUAGAACUCAUUUGGUACAGCCCCCAUUUCAUCCCCAAUCAGGCUAGGCCCCUGGGGCAGCUGCU